AUUACUGCUGACAAAUGUACGCAUAACACUGGUCGCUCUCGUUUUAUAGUUGGUAUUAGAUUAGAUUUUGUAAAUUGCUAUUUGGCCAGUAGGUCACUUUCUUAAUUAAUGCGGCCAGUUCAAGUUGCGAUGGGCAGAAAGAUGUUCCAUCAUUGGGGGUAGUGUUUACACUUCAUAACCUACAAGUACUUAAAAUAUUCGACCUGUGUAAUUAAUAAGGUUGGUAGUUUACCCCAAAAAAAAAAACCAAGUUGGGUAAGAAUGCACGUGCCCAAAAAGAGAAGUUUGCGAGGAAAUGUGGCAUGAAGAGACCCAAACCAUUGCAUCUCGUGGUCCGUCAGGCGAUUACAAAUUAGUGCCGGUUCUCGGUAACUGAUGGGCUGUCAUUCGCCUGACCAGAUCAAAGUUCUCUGCGAAUUUUUUGAUAAAUUCUCAGCCACUUGCUGAUUGACGGACAGAAGUAAAUGUAUUUAUAAGAUAAAUAGCCCUUUGAUUCGAUCUCCCGGCAGUAAUUUUGGCAUCAGAGCUGCUUUGUUUAGGUUUGUACUUCAACAUGGAUUUAAUUCGGCAGGAUGAUAGGUGGUUUAAGCCCGCUUCUAACGAUCGAGCUCUCUAUUCUUCGUCGUAAGAUGAAAAGUUGCGUUCUCUGCCUGCUAUUUGUUUUCACUUGGUAAAAAGAAAGACGACCUGUUUUUGGAGAUCAAGCGUUCAAGACUGAAUGUUUAACAAAUAUGGUUCAAAUGGGAUAAGCUAAUACAGAUUGGGUGAAAAUGGGAGCAGGUGGCCGAUCCUCCGUUCCUCCUGCCCUGAGGAAGUCAAAGACUGAGACGGUGAAGAGAAGCCCAGUGGAGCAGCCGCCGUUCACGCUGGGCCAGGUCAAGAAAGCUGUGCCGCCUCACUGUUUCAACCGUUCUGUGGUGCGCUCUUUCUCCUACGUCCUUUACGACCUCACCAUAGCCUUCGGCCUCUAUUAUUUGGCUACACAUUACUUCCAUCACCUCCCGCGGCCUCUCUCUUUCUUGGCCUGGCCAAUUUACUGGGCUAUUCAAGGCUGCGUCCUCACCGGCGUCUGGGUGAUCGCUCACGAGUGUGGCCACCACGCGUUCAGCGAUUACCAAUGGCUGGAUGACACCGUUGGCUUCGUUCUCCACUCCUCCCUCCUGGUGCCUUACUUCUCAUGGAAAUACAGCCAUCGCCGUCAUCACUCUAACACCGGAUCUCUUGAGCGCGAUGAAGUCUUCGUGCCAAAGAAAAAGUCCGGUGUUAGUUGGUACACUCCAUACCUUAACAAUCCACCAGGCCGAGUCGUAACCCUUGCGUUUACUCUCACUCUUGGCUGGCCUCUCUACCUUGCUUUUAACGUUUCAGGAAGGCAUUAUGAUCGUUUUGCCUGCCACUAUGACCCAUACGGUCCCAUCUACUCAGAUCGUGAACGGCUCCAAAUAUACUUAUCAGAUGCAGGGGUGCUCGCUGUGUUCUAUGGGCUUUACCGCCUUGCCGUGGCGAAUGGACUUGCCUGGCUCGUUUGUGUUUAUGGAGCGCCAUUGUUGGUGGUCAAUGGAUUUUUGGUGUUGAUCACUUUUUUGCAGCAUACUCACCCAGCAUUGCCACACUAUGAUUCCUCCGAGUGGGACUGGUUGAGGGGGGCUUUAGCCACGGUGGACAGAGAUUAUGGUAUUUUGAACAAGGUUUUCCACAAUAUUACAGACACUCAUGUAGCGCAUCAUCUGUUCUCCACGAUGCCUCAUUAUCACGCAAUGGAGGCUACAAAAGCAAUCAAGCCUGUUUUGGGAGAAUACUAUCAGUUUGAUGGGACCCCAGUUUACAGGGCAAUGUGGAGGGAGGCAAAGGAAUGUAUUUACGUCGACUCUGAUGAAGGCGCUGGGACCAAAGGUGUAUUCUGGUACAAGAACAAGCUCUGAUUUGAUUAGGAUCGUUGCACAUUAUCAGGUGGGGAAGAAGCUUCCCUUUGUCGAAGAUUUAGGCUAUGUUUCGUCUCCAUUUGAACUCUGUAACUUAGAUUUCCUUGGAAUAAUUUUCUGGCUUCAUAGAUGUAGAAUGUAGACAUAGCUCAGGAGUCAGUCGUCUUGGCCCGUGUUGUUUCAUGUGCCAUUUUGCCUGAUCCUGCAAGCUUGUGCCAAUUGGUCGAUCUGGUGAACCUGAGUCCAAUGCUUGAUUCAAGACAUUUGUUUGUGAUGUUAUUUUAUUCUUAACCACUCGAACUUGAAUCUUUCAAA